AUGACGAGUGCAUAUGCAGAAUGGAAUCAACGCCAAGAUCGAAUUGUUAUACCAUUCAGUACUCGAGUAAAUCUCGAUGACCUGUUUGGUAACGUGCACACCAACGUCGUGUGCGAACGUAUCACUCCCUGCAAGUUAGCCUUGUAUGUUCUAAUUCAAGUGCUCGAUGAGAUUCAUCAAGAUGUUCAAGCCUUUACGCAGAGUGAACAUUGCUCUCUUUUGGCCACUCUGUAUGGAAUGAUCGAACAUGGUGACAUGUCCUAUCUCGAGCUGAGUAGAGUCGUACGUUGGAUGGACAGAACCGUUCGAAAAGGCAUCUAUCAGGACUUUAUUGAAUACAUCCAGACCUUCCUGGACGGUGAUGAUAUAAUGGUCCAGGUAGAUGUGAUACUUCAAACUCGGCCUAACACUGCUAAUUUCCUCUACAGCAAGUCGUACCUCGGGAUGUGGCUCAAAAAGCUAUCAGCCGAAUGGAAUCAGCUGUCGACACAGCAAGUAUUUGAGUGUAAUGCUCGUUUUAUUGAGUGGGUACGGGAUGGUGACGAUCGUACAGAUGAUAUGCAGAGAAUGGAUGAUGCUGAACCCUUUGACAUCUUCAAUGUUGUCAAUCAGUCCGCUGUGAUACCAUUUGAAAUAGAAUCAUCUGGACGUGCACGAAAGUGGAUAGCUAAUCAAAUGCAUCUUCUACAGGUUCGUUAUCUUGGGUGA